AUGGUCUCUCGAGCCAACGAGGGGAACGAGGGGCCUCCUCCAUCCUCUAAAACCCCGAAUACCCCCGCCAAAACACGCAUAGCGAGACUCGGCUCCAGCCCAUCGAAAAGAGAAGAUAAAGCAAAGGACGACCGGGUUAUUAAGUCAUCAGCCAAGGAUGUUGCGGAACUCAAGGAUUAUCAACUGGGGGACUGUCUGGGGAAGGGCGCAUUUGGGUCGGUCUAUAGGGCUCUCAACUGGAACACCGGGGAGACCGUUGCUGUCAAGCAAAUCAAGCUCGUAGACCUUCCCAAGAGUGAGCUGCGGGUUAUUAUGCUGGAGAUCGAUCUCCUGAAGAACUUGGAUCAUCCGAACAUUGUCAAGUACCAAGGAUUCGUGAAGUCUGUCGAAACUUUGAAUAUAAUCCUCGAAUAUUGCGAGAAUGGCUCCCUUCACUCAAUUGCGAAGAACUUCGGUCGUUUCCCAGAAAAUCUUGUGGGUCUAUACAUGUCGCAAGUGCUUCACGGUCUCUUGUAUCUCCAUGAGCAAGGUGUGAUACACAGGGACAUCAAGGGUGCCAAUAUUCUCACGACGAAACAGGGCCUAGUCAAACUUGCAGACUUCGGAGUGGCUAGCCGUACCACCGGGCUCAGCGAGUCCAGUGUUGUCGGCACACCCUACUGGAUGGCUCCUGAGGUGAUUGAACUUUCUGGUGCAACGACGGCCUCUGAUAUCUGGAGUCUUGGCUGUACUGUGAUUGAGCUGCUAGAGGGAAGGCCUCCUUAUUAUAACCUCCAACCCAUGCCUGCUCUUUUUCGUAUUGUGAACGAUGAUCACCCCCCGCUACCGCAAGGUGCCUCACCGGCCGUCAAGGAUUUCUUGAUGCAGUGCUUCCAAAAGGACCCUAACCUUCGUGUCUCGGCAAAGAAACUGCUUAAACAUCCAUGGAUAGUCAAUGCACGUCGAUCGGAUUCGGUGGUCCCUAAGAAAUCAACGGAAUACGAGGAAGCCGUGAAAAGUGUUCAGGAGUGGAAUGAGGCCCUACGUUCACCGAGUGCAGGAACCCUCCGAAAACCUCAAUACUCCGGGGGCCUACCUUCGUCUCGAAAUACGCCGACUAAAGACUCCCUUCCGUCGCCAAUUGCUACCCAUGUGGCGGAUCAAUUUCGGUCUCCGAUCUCUCCGGAAGAGGACAAUUGGGACGAUGACUUCGCCACAGCCAUUUCUCCCAGCGCUUUGCAAUUGCCUCACCUUCGGCCACAGGAUAACUUCGGAGGGAUGCUGUCCUCAGAGAAGCUCAAAGCGUUCGCAUCUCUUGAUGGGACGGUAUUGAGGUCAGAGGAUAGCUUCGAUGAAUUUGAGGACUCCUUCCAGGGCUCAUUCAAUUCUGGAGAAUUAGAUCCCCUAGAGACCAUCCGCCCUUCGCCGCCGAAACGAACAACCACCGAAGGCGGGCAACCACAGAAUCGCUCGCCGUAUAACUUUGCUAACGGCACAUUCGCGCCUAUGCAAAACGUACCGAUCCUAAAUCCGAAUCCGGUGCCACCCAUGAGGCAGCCACGCCCAGCGUCGUUUUACAAGGAAAACUCAGUCGAAGAUUAUUCGGAUCUAAUCAGGGCCAACGAGGACGUCCUAGACCGUAAGCUGGGCGCUUUUCAGGAGGUGGACGAAGACGCUGCGAUGUUCGAAGACAUGGCCUCGAAAGAGAUAGUGCGAUAUCAACCCCGGUCCGAGGAUAGGGGAGAUCAGCAGCCCCAGCUUAGAAAACAAAUUUCAGUCAAGCGCCACCGAUCAGCAAUAGAGAUCCAGCGUUUCACGGAGAAUGAGACCGAUGAGGAUUUCUCCGAUAUCCUAGGCACAGGUGUAGUUACUUUGGAUAAAUCCGAAAAUGAUCGACGCCCAGACCCAAGCACGUUGAUGCUGAACUCGAAGCUGUCCAACAAUUCCUGGCUCGGGGACCAGGAUGAUGAGGAUGAUCCCUUCGCCCAGCUGGAGGAAGGGCUGGAUGAAAUGGACCUGGAAGCUAACAUAGCCCGUGACAAGCAUGCUCGACUUCGCAACCAGGUCGAGGGGCUUGUGAGCUCUCUCAAAACUUCGCAGGACGAAGAUGUUCUCGGGGAGAUUUCGGAGCAACUGCUGACAGUCUUCUGUGAUCUACCGGAAACGAAAAACAUCAUUAUCAGCGCCCACGGGAUGCUGCCAAUUCUUGAGAUCCUCGAUAUGUGUCGUCGACGAGACAUAAUCCUAUGCCUCCUGAGGAUUGUAAAUGCGAUCAUUUUCAACGACUACGAGAUACAGGAGAACCUCUGCUUUGUGGGAGGUAUACCUAUCAUCAACGAAUUCGCAUCAAAGAAAUACCCCCGAGAGAUUCGACUCGAAGCCGCGGCAUUUGUACAGCAGAUGUAUCAGACUUCUACACUUACACUACAGAUGUUCGUCAGUGCAGGAGGACUGAACGUGCUGGUGGAGUUCUUAGAGGAUGAUUACGAAGAUGAGCGAGACCUUGUCUUGAUUGGUGUGAACGGCAUCUGGAGUGUCUUCGAACUUCAGGGCUCAACACCCAAAAAUGACUUUUGUCGAAUUCUAUCGCGGAAUUCUGUUUUAGACCCUCUGUCCCUCGUUCUCAGUCGGGUUUUGGAUGAGGACGGAGCGUUGGCCGAGGUCGUCGAAGGCCGUAUUGCAAACAUCUUCUUCAUUUUCUCCCAAGCAGAGAACCAUGUCAAGGAGAUGGUCGCCGAGCGAACGGUCCUACACAGGGUACUGAAAGAAUUGAGGCGCAUGACACCAGCGCAUCAGAUCACCAUGUUGAAGUUUAUCAAGAACUUGUCCAUGCUGUCCACAACACUUGACUCACUUCAGAAUUCGAAUGCAAUUGACGUGUUAACGGAUCUACUGAGGUCCACCAUUAAACGCCCGCAUUUCCGAGAAGUGUCGAACCAGAUCCUGAAUACGAUCUAUAAUAUGUGCCGCUUGAACAAGUCUCGGCAAGAGGACGCAGCCUUGAAUGGCAUCGUGCCACUGCUCCAAAAAAUCGUGAAGACUGAGCGGCCACUAAAGGAAUUUGCAUUGCCCAUUCUCUGCGACAUGGCGCAUUCAGGCAAAGUUGGGCGGCGGGAGCUGUGGCGCAAUAAAGGUCUUGCGUUCUACAUAUCCUUACUAUCCGACCCGUAUUGGCAGGUUACGGCAUUGGAUGCCAUAUUCACUUGGCUUCAAGAAGAGACGGCCAAGGUUGAGGAGCAUCUACUAGAGAAUCGCUAUGACAAGCUCUCUUUCACCGAUGCAAUCAUCCGUUGUCUGACCUUGUCGAAAGCCAACGCAUUUGAGAAUCUCCUAGAGCCUUUGCAAAAGCUUCUGAGAUUGAGUCCUCCGAUUGCCUCGACUCUCGCUCGGCCAGAUCUGUUUACUCGUAUUGACCAGAAGUUGCACCAUACCAAAGCUGCCGUGAGGCUGAACCUACUCCGGAUCAUAUCCAGCAUUUGUGAUUCUAGCGAAGAGCAAGGCGGACUUCUCGCCAAAUACGGUCUUUUGGACGCAAUUGGAGAGCUCGAGCACGAUCCUGCCAUUCUCGUAAGAGACAUGGCCGGGAAGCUUAUCAAGUCUAACGAGAGGAGCGAAGCUUACAGUCUCGGCAAACGCAAGCCGGGCGUGAGACGGAUGAGCACAUCCACCACGCCACCGGGCUUGCUCACCAGCCAAUCCAGUCCCACCACCCCCCAGUUCAACCGGUCUAGCCAGUCCAAGGCAUACUACGAGGGCAGAGAAAGCCAAAGACAUCCGCGAAACGCUCUCAGCGGCUCAGCAUUGGCACUCCGGCCGGGGAGUAGGGACGGCGCCAACCCUAGUCUCGCAGCGGGACUGAAUGGAGGCUCCGGUGCGUCGAGACACCGGCUGUCACGAGGGAUUUCCGACAAUCGCAUGUCCCAUGUCGACUUUCUACCCGAAGACAAUCCUCGACCAUCAAGUUCGGUGUCCCGUCGGCCAUCGAUCAUCCCCAGACGACGGCGUACGGCACCAACCGAUGCAGACUAG